AUUUUAUUUUUCUAUUGAAAAGUUUAUUUAGAAACUAAAUAACUAGAAUCGAACUCGCAGUACUUUUAAAAUUAAGUUUAAAGACAAAUUUAAGAAAAUACCAGUUCACAAGUCUAAAUGCUUGAUUCCAAGACAUCUUCCUUGCGCAUUUGCCAAGAGGGUCAUGCAAAUGCAUUGGCCCUCAACAAGGACUACAAUCAAAUUGCAGUUGCAGGCCGAAGCUUGCUUAAGGUAUUUUCCAUCGAUACCGAUGGAUUUACAGAAGUUUGCAAUAUGCGAGGUGGAAAGAAUCAAAAUCUCAGUUAUUCGUCAAAUGAUGUGGCUUGGAGUACGUUGGAUAGUAACAUUCUCGCAACGGCGGCUACAAAUGGGGUGGUAUCCGUUUGGGAUUUGUCCAAGUUUGGCAGACAAAAGCAACUACUCGUCUACAAUGAACACGAAAGGACAGCUCAUACUGUAACUUUCCACAGCACUGAACCAUAUUUGCUAAUAUCAGGGUCGCAGGAUGGCACAAUUAAGUGUUUCGAUACAAGAUACGAAAAAUCAGUUUUCACUUACUUCAGCAAUUCUGAGAGCGUGCGGGACGUUAAAUUCAGUCCACAUGCUACGAACAUAUUCUCAGCAGUCUCUGAAAAUGGAACUGUCCAAUUGUGGGAUUUAAGAAAGUCAGAUAAGUGCAUUUUACAAUUUACCGCUCACAGUGGACCAAUUUACACUUGUGACUGGCAUCCUACAAAGAACUGGCUUGCAACAGGAAGUAGAGAUAAGCAAAUAAAGGUUUGGAAUAUGGAUGGAAAGGCCUCUUUAGAGCACACUAUUCACACCAUCGCUGUGGUUGGUAGAGUAAAAUGGCGACCGGAAAGAACUCAUCAGAUUGCCAGCUGUGCACUUGUAGUCGACUACAGCAUUCAUAUUUGGGAUAUAAGAAGACCUUACAUUCCGUUUGCUUCAUUUAACGAUCAUACAAAUGUAACAACCGGAAUAGCGUGGAAAGGCAACGACUCACAUAUCCUGCUAUCGACAAGUAAAGACUCUACUAUUUACAAACAUGCUUUUAAGGACGCUGCACGGCCAGCAUUAAAAGCAAAUCCCCAAGGUGCGAGUUUAAAUCACAGAGAUGAUAUCUUGCAUGCGAUCAAGGUCAAGGUGAAUGUCACUCAGUCGACAACCAAUCCCAAAAGCACCUCUUUAUUAAGCAGACAAAAGGCAUCGCCCAGCGUUGAACAUUUUCAUAUGGCGCAAUCAGUGAUGCACAAAUUCCUAUUAAAACCGUCGUACACAGGAUACAUUGGCGACCAGAAGCAUGGUCAACUCAAGGAAUACGAAUGUUUCAUUGGCUGUGCAAAAGAGUUCAUAUUGACGGGCAAAAAAUUUAUAGACAUGUGUGACCAUAACGCAAAUGUCUCCAAAAAGUUCGGCAAACAUAGUGCUACAACGUUUUGGAAAUUUGUCAAAACAUUAUAUGGCACAUCGGAGUUUAGUAAUCAAAAAAUCGAACAAAGAAGUUCCUUCAACAUUCAAAAGAACGUAACAGCAAAUCGAAGAAUGGCCCAAACAACGCGUCCACUUGAAAUUGAUUGGAACAGUCGCGAAAAAGAUAUACCCACAGAAGAUGAUGGAGAAGAGGAUAGUACCAAAGAUGGACUAGAGGAUGAGAAUCAAAAUCCACAGUUCAAUUCUGUGAUUCUAUCGGAAAACCAAAUUCUAAACGAUAUAUCAUUCGAAAACUUUGAUAUGCUUCGAAAUGGAUUUUUGUACAUGGGUCCUCCAGAUUUUACAAAGGCUCUUUCUCUACCUGAAACGGCUUUACAUCAUGAUGUUCAAGCAGCACGGCCGCAACAGGAUAUGAAAUCAGAAAAGCGAGAUAAUUCGCCACCUCCAGAUAAACCUAGUCUUCUUAAGGUAUCUAAUUUACCCGUGAUAUCGAUGUGGGAACCCCAUCAGUUUAUAGCUGAUUCACUGAAAUUGCAGAGCGAUGUUGGUGAUGUCCAAACAGCUUUAUGUGUAGUCAUUGCCAUGGGUGAUGCACGAAAGUUUCUUCCAAUUGAGGAAACUCUCCUAGAAGAAUGGUUUCAUUCGUAUAUUGAACUCUUACAUCGUUAUCAAUUGUGGAACGAGGCUUGUAAGAUAAUUAAUCUCUCUUGGAUACGAUCAGUGAGAGAACUUAAUCAAAAAUCCACAUCCGUACAUACCAAUUGUGGUGAUUGUGGAAGACCGCUGAAUGGAGCUGUUGGUUGGUAUUGUGCCAAAUGCAAGUCUAUGCAGAGUUCUAAAUGUUGUGUGUGCGGUCUGGUUGUGAGAGGAUUAUAUGCAUGGUGUCAAGGGUGCUCGCACGGUGGACAUUUACAACAUCUUAAGGAGUACUUUUCUACUAAAUCUGUUUGCCCAAAGUGUGGGCAUUUGUGUGAAUAUAAUUAAAAUUAAGAAAAAAAAAACGAAAAAUGUGGUUCAACAUUUAAUACAUUUUAAAAAUUAAGUUCUUAACAACUUCCUUAUUUUUUCAGGAACAUAAUCCAAUCACUCAAAACUAUUUUGAGCAAAGCCCAAAUUAAAAUCAGUCAGAAAAUAAGUUUUCAUUUAUAGCCUUUGGAUGUUUAGCAAAUAUCGUUCCAAAUAUGAUUCCUUGAUAGGGACGUUGACGCCGGUGAUGAUAUGACCACAAGUUUGAAUACGAAUAGGGUUUAAAGCAUCAAACCUAAGAAAAACGCAUGGUUCGAUGCGAGCUGUAAAGAAGUUAUUAGGGCCAAAGAAGUAAGUUUCCGCUGCUAUAGAGCCAACCCUACUAAGGAAUUCCGGAAAAAAUUCAAGCAAGCCACGAAGGUCUGAACCCCCAUAUUCGACGGACCAAAUUCUUACAUGACAAAAAUUACUGAACAAAAUGCAAUGUCCCAAAGGCAAUACAAAUUUUAUGGUCAUUUGUAAAAAACGAGGAAAUCUUCCCCUUCUUCGGUUCCUACGCUCGUUUUCAAUGACAGUCCAUUUAUAAGGUCUUUAUAGGAAGCUAAUCGCCGCCAAUUCCAAGCUGCCAGUGAGUAAUGUGACUCCUCCUUACUUGAGCGAGGUUGUGAAUUAUGGGGCCAAUGUUUUUUCGCACUCAUACUCAUACAGGUAUUCUUCAACCCUGGCAAAACCACUGUGUAAGCUUUUUCAUCUGCCCUACUCCUCAGCAUCGUUUGUCCAGCUUAAACCCAAAGAAGGCGAAUUGGAUGGAUUAAAGUCUGAAAACCGCAAAAUUAUUGCUGGUAUGCCCCAGGGCUCUGUUCUACCUCCAACACUCUUCCUCACUUUUAUUAAUGAUCUCCUGUAAGUAACUUCUAAUCCAAUACAUAUUGUUUCGCUGACGAUAGUACUCUUAGCUUUUCAUAUUUGUUUCCAGACUCGCAUCCUCUUUUGCUGAUAUGGAACUGCAACGACAAAACAUGAUAAGCUCCUUAAAUUCUGACCUAAACAGCAUUGUACAAUAGGAAAUAAAAACCGCAAGGAAUUUAAUGCUUUGAAAACCCAAUGUCGUCUUUCAUCGUUAAAGCGAGGUAAAUUCCCCUUAUCAUUAUCCAAGGAUGGCACUUGCAUCAAAGAGACUGAACAUCUCGAUAUUCUCGGUGUGUGUAUCACCAACCACCUCUUAUGGAACGAUUAUAUACGCGAUGUAGCCAAAAAUUCCGCAUGGUACUUGGUGCAAGAAAUGUUUUACCCCUUGUGAUGCGACUGUUAUCUAUAAGAUUUACAUACGUCUAGAACUUAAGUAUAACUCCCAUCUUGGG